UAAGUCUCCACCGCGCGUCCCACCUAAAUCCAGUUGGCCUUCCCUCCUAAUUUGGGCAAAAAUUUCCCAUCUCCUAUUCUUCUUUUCUGAAAAAAGAAUCGACGCUUUUUAGGAGAAAUCGGCGAAGAGAACAGGGACAGAAAAAAAAAAUCAGAAUUCGGCCGAAACGAUGCCGGACUCCGGCGGCCGCGUCCCGCCGGACGGCGGCGGUCAUACGCCUACGCCGGCGGCGAAGGUCUUAUUCGGGAAGUACGAGGUGGGCCGCAUCCUCGGCUGCGGCGCCUUCGCCAAGGUCUACCACGCCCGCACCGCCGGCACCGGCCAGAGCGUAGCCAUCAAGUGCAUCAGCAAGCACAAAGUCCUCCGCGGCGGCCUCGCGGGCAACGUCCGCCGUGAGAUCGCAGCCAUGCGCCGCCUCCGUCACCCGCACGUCGUCCGCCUCUACGAGGUCCUCGCCUCCCGCUCCAAGAUCUACUUCGUCCUCGAGUUCGCCAAGGGCGGCGAGCUCUUCGCCCGCAUCUCCGCCCACGGCCGCCUCCCCGAGGACGCCGCCCGCCGCCUCUUCCACCAGCUUGUCUCCGCCAUCGCCUUCUGCCACGCCCGCGGCGUCUUCCACCGCGACCUCAAGCCGGAGAACCUCCUUCUCGACGACCAGGGCGAUCUCAAGGUCUCCGAUUUUGGCCUCAGCGCCGUCGUCUCCACCGCCAACGCCGACCGCCUCUUCCAGACCCUCUGCGGCACGCCGGCGUACGUCGCGCCGGAGAUCCUUUCCAAGAGAGGCUACGAUGGCGCCAAGGUCGAUAUUUGGUCCUGCGGCGUCAUCCUCUUCGUCCUCGCCGCUGGCUAUCUCCCCUUCAACGAUCCCAACUUGAUGAAUCUCUACCGCAAGAUCUACCGCGGCUUCUUCCGAUGCCCCCGGUGGAUCUCGCCGGAGCUCCGGCGACUCCUUGGCCGCCUCCUCGACACGAACCCCGAGACCCGGAUCACCGUCGACGGCAUCCUGGUGGACCCCUGGUUCCGGACGGGGCUCGAGGAGGACCGGUUUUUGGCCAUGACGCGGUUCCGCGAGGACGUCGACGCGCGAAUCUCAAAGAUGGACCAGCUGCCGGCGGCAUGCAUGGAGGAGGAGCGGGAGCUUAACGCGUUCGAUAUAAUAUCCUUCUCGACCGGGUUCGACCUCUCCGGGCUCUUCGACGCGGCGGUGGAUCGGGAGAGGUUCGUGUCGGCAGAACCGCCGGAAAUGAUUCUGUGCCGCGUCGAGGAGGUGGGCAGGGCGGAGGGGCUGGUGGUGCGGCGGAGGAAGGGGAAGCCUGGUGGCGGCGGCGGCGGAGGGGCCGCGGUCGAGGAUGGGACCGGGAAUAUGGUAGUUUGGGUCGAAGUGUAUCGGCUGAACCGGGAGCUGGUGGUGGUCGAGGUCGAGAUCGGGCGCGAGGGGGAGGGGAACUGGGAGUUCUGGAGGGAGAAGCUCGGACCGGCUCUGAAGGGCGGGUCGGUUAGUGAACCGCAGAGUCCGGUUUCGUGUUCGUCGGGUUGGUCGUCGGACCGGGUUUCUUCGUUUGACCCGUGGGACGAAACCGAUUCGAAUAACCUCGCCGGGGAUAAUAAUUCCGGCAGUGAGUGUUGAUUUAACACAUAUGUAUGUAUGUAUGUUUACUGUUGUAUGUAUAAAAUUAUAAAAGUAACUAAUGUUCCCCGGGUAACUUUAUUUAGUUACUUUUGGUUACCCGGUAAUCAAAGGUUAGCAGAUUUGGGGCAAUUCUUAAAUUAAAGAUUUUUUAUAA